UUUCUACCCAAUGUCUACUUUACAAAGUGGACGUUUAGUGAUUUUAUUCCGCCAGGGAUUUUAAAUUCGUUCAAAGUGAGCCAAUACUGAACGACAUUGAACGUGGAGCCAUCUACCUAAAUCAUUUUUGCUGCAUGUUUCCUGGAUAUAAUCAGCGAUUACCGUAUAGAGGUACAUAUCAGCAACCUCAAGUUUAUACCCCAAGGGCGAUCCAGCCGGUGAUGAACAAAACAAACAUUGAGGAAAAGGAGAAUGAUUUUCAACGUCGGAAGAGUAGGUGGGAGCCAGUGGAACAAUAUGUUCCAAUUAAUAAAAAGGAUGCAUAUAUUCCUACUCCAAAGGAACUACUCCUGAGUAAAAAUGUGAAUGUGUUUCCUCCAAAGGUGUCUCCUCCAAAGGUGUCUCCUCCAAAGGUGUCUCCUCCAAAGGUGUCUCCUCCAAAGGUGUCUCCUCCAAAGGUGUCUCCUCCAAAGGUGUCUCCUCCAAAGGUGUCUCCUCCAAAGGUGUCUCCUCCAAAGGUGUCUCCUCCAAAGUUGUCUCCUCCAAAGGUGUCUCCUCCAAAGGUGUCUCCUCCAAAGGUGUCUCCUCCAAAGGUGUCUCCUCCAAAGGUGUCUCCUCCAAAGGUGUCUCCUCCAAAGGUGUCUCCUCCAAAGGUGUCUCCUCCAAAGGUGUCUCCUCCAAAGGUGUCUCCUCCAAAGGUGUCUCCUCCAAAGGUGUCUCCUCCAAAGGUGUCUCCUCCAAAGGUGUCUCCUCCAAAGGUGUCUCCUCCAAAGGUGUCUCCUCCAAAGGUGUCUCCUCCAAAGGUGUCUCCUCCAAAGGUGUCUUCUCCAAAGGUGUCUUCUCCAAAGGUGUCUUCUCCAAAGGUGUCUUCUCCAAAGGUGUCUUCUCCAAAGGUGUCUUCUCCAAAGGUGUCUUCUCCAAAGGUGUCUUCUCCAAAGGUGUCUUCUCCAAAGGUGUCUUCUCCAAAGGUGUCUCCUCCAAAGGUGUCACAAUCCAGUUCGUCAUCAGAAUCCAGUUCCUCAUCAGAAUCCAGUUCGUCAUCAGAAUCCAGUUCAUCAUCUGAAUCCAGUUCUUCAACGUCUUCGAAAAAUAGAAAUAACAAUAACAAAAACUUAACAUUGAUUCCAACUCCUUUAAAUGUUGGAACAACGACAAAAGUGUCAGUCUUAAAGCCUUCAACGUCGAAAUUAUUGACUUCAAAGCCGACUCCUUCAACGUCAAAAAGUAUAAUGUUGGAUGUAAACGAUCCAUGUUUACGUACACCAACAAGGCCGAAAAAAAUUCAGACGAGAAGUAAACGGCAAAAGCCAUUUGAUAAAACCGAUGUAAAGGUUAAAAAAAGUAAAAAAUAA